CACGUGAGGGGGGCGAGUCACGCGAUUUCCGGGAACCCGUCAGGAAGGACAUAAACAAAACAAACCCGAGGCAGCAUGGAGAGGGGCCGUGGCCCCUGCAGCGGAACCGGACCGAGUCCCUGAGCCGCCCCCACACCCACAGACCACAUCGCACAGAGUUACUAAAAAAUAAAAGUGGUGAUCUAAGCAGUUGAAUUGGAAGCACUCUGGGGAAACCUGCUGUUUAUUGUGAAAAUCAUCUUUGGUCUUGGAAUUAAAAGGAAAGCUGGAAAGGAAUUUACAAACGAGAAAAAAAAGAAGUUUGGAAUUGGAUUCACAGGAUCUGGGCUUGGAAAUGCCUCAGCCUAGUGUAAGCGGAAUGGAUCCGCCUUUUGGGGAUGCCUUUCGAAGCCACACCUUUUCGGAACAAACUCUGAUGAGCACAGAUCUCUUAGCAAACAGUUCAGAUCCAGAUUUCAUGUAUGAACUGGAUAGAGAGAUGAACUACCAACAGAAUCCUAGAGACAACUUUCUUUCUUUGGAGGACUGCAAAGACAUUGAAAAUCUGGAGUCUUUCACAGAUGUCCUGGAUAAUGAGGGUGCUUUAACCUCAAACUGGGAACAGUGGGAUACAUACUGUGAAGACUUAACAAAGUAUACCAAACUAACCAACUGUGACAUCUGGGGAACAAAAGAAGUGGAUUACUUGGGUCUUGAUGACUUUUCUAGUCCUUACCAAGAUGAAGAGGUUAUAAGUAAAACUCCAACUUUAGCUCAACUUAAUAGUGAGGACUCACAGUCUGUUUCUGAUUCCCUUUAUUAUCCCGAUUCACUUUUUAGUGUCAAACAAAAUCCCUUACCCUCUUCAUUUCCUGGUAAAAAGAUCACAAGCAGAGCAGCUGCUCCUGUGUGUUCUUCUAAGACUCUGCAGGCUGAGGUCCCUUUGUCAGACUGUGUCCAGAAAGCAAGUAAACCCACUUCAAGCACACAAAUCAUGGUGAAGACCAACAUGUAUCAUAAUGAAAAGGUGAACUUUCAUGUUGAAUGUAAAGACUAUGUAAAAAAGGCAAAGGUAAAGAUCAACCCAGUGCAGCAGAGCCGACCCUUGUUGAGUCAGGUUCACAAAGAUGCAGCAAAGGAGAACACCUGCUACUGUGGUGCAGUAGCAAAAAGACAAGAGAAAAAAGGGCUGGAGCCUCUUCAAGGUCAUGUCACUCCCGCUUUGCCUUUUAAAGAAACCCAGGAACUAUUACUCAGUCCCCUGCCCCAGGAAGGUCCUGGGUCAAUCGCAGCAGGAGAGAGUAGCAGCCUUUCUGCCAGUACAUCAGUCUCGGAUUCAUCCCAGAAAAAAGAAGAGCACAAUUAUUCUCUUUUUGUUUCUGACAACUUGGGUGAACAGCCAACCAAAUGCAGUCCUGAAGAAGAUGAGGAGGAUGAGGAAGAUAUUGAUGAUGAGGACCAUGAUGAAGGAUUUGGCAGUGAGCAUGAACUGUCUGAAAAUGAAGAGGAGGAAGAAGAAGAAGAGGAUUAUGAAGAUGACAAGGAUGAUGAUAUUAGUGAUACUUUCUCUGAACCAGGUUAUGAAAAUGAUAUUGCCAAGUGGCACAUGGUUGAAAAUGCACAAAGAAGUAAAGAUUUCAAAUUUAUAUGAAAGUUAUUUUCUUCAAAAAUAGUAUUGAUACUAACUCUGCAUGAAAACUAAGUUAUUGUUAUAAAAAAAGAAACUAAAAUAUCAAAGAGGGCCUUUUUGUUAAAAUGAUGAUUGCUGGAAUUUCAGACAGUAUAAACAUAGACAUUUAAUUUUCAGAGAGGCAUUUAAGGCAUAGUACCUAUAUUGUAACCAGUGAAACACUAUUAUUGCUGAAAGACUUUUUCCUGUGGUGAAAUCUUUCUAUUGCAUAAAUGCUUAGAUUUAUCCACUUGAUACAAACAAAUUUUCUGAUUUGGAUGAAGUUUCAAGUAGGCAAAAGGUACUUGAAUAUGGAAGAAAAGGAUUUGUGCCUUUUUCGUGGUUCUGUGUAGUCUAGAUAGGAUAAUUGUCUUUUUACUAUACAGGAAAAUUUUUUCCUUGGCAAAUGAAUAAAAUCUGCUUGGAGAUGUUUCAAGGAGACUUGUCUUUGUAGGUAGGGGUAAUUUCUAUAACUCUCUGCACGUGGAAGAUCAUAGUGCUGUUCAUGAGUGGUCCUUAAGGUCUUGACAGAUUGGUCCUGUUGCUUUGAGUCUUGUAUUUAGGAGUAGGGGAAGGGUAAUUAAGGGAAAUGCAAAAUGUGGGGAAGGAAAUGCUUUUAGCAGCUGGUGUUUAAAGGAGUAUAUAGAUCAGAAGGAGUCAGUAAAACCUGCAGUAAAUCCUACCGUCACCAAGGCAGCAAGGACUAUGUUCUCUACCUGACUUUGGGUUGUAGUUUUGCUUUUCUUUUGACUUUCCCCCCUCAACUUUACUGAGGUAUGUUUGGCAAAUAAAAAUCAUAUAUGUUCAAAUUGCACAGCAUGUUCUGAUAUGUGUAUACAUGAUAUUUUUUUUUGUUUGUUUGUUUGUUUUUGUUUUUUGUUUUUUUUGAG